UUAGACAUAGUAGUACAAUAAUAAUAUUCAAUUGCAACCUUCAAGCAUAGUGAAUAAGUGAUAGCGGUGGUUACUAAGUUAUUAGCUCAUGGAGUGGGGAAGGAGGCGCAGUAGUUGUAGUAUGAAAAUUCCCGGAGGAAUAAAAUUGACAGUGUUGCUGAUACUUGUAAUGAUUGAUUAUGGAAGAUGCAGCAGCAGCAGCAGCUCCAGCAUGAAUAACAGCAGUGAGAAUGCGCAUAAAGUUGACAAUGUUAGGCAUGAUUCAUACAGGAGAUUCUUGCUCUCCAAUGGCCUUGCCCUCACUCCUCCAAUGGGGUGGAAUAGUUGGAAUCACUUCAGCUGCGGCGUCACAGAAAAGAUUGUCAAAGAAACAGCUGAUGCAUUGGUUUCAACUGGUCUUUCUAAGCUUGGUUACAAGUACGUGAACAUUGAUGAUUGCUGGGCAGAGUUAACUCGCGAUAACCAGGGUAACUUCGUUCCAAAAAGAUCAACAUUUCCUUCUGGUAUAAAAGCUCUUGCAGACUAUGUACACAGCAAGGGUCUAAAGAUUGGAAUUUAUUCAGAUGCAGGGUACAAAACUUGCAGCAAAAAAAUGCCUGGAUCACUUGGAUUUGAGGAGCAAGACGCAAAGACAUUUGCCUCUUGGGGCAUUGAUUACUUGAAGUAUGAUAACUGCAACAAUGAUGGCUCAAAACCUACUGUUAGAUAUCCUGUGAUGACUCGAGCACUAAUGAAAGCUGGCCGCCCUAUUUUCCUUUCACUAUGUGAAUGGGGAGACAUGCACCCUGCACUCUGGGGUUAUCAGGUGGGGAAUAGCUGGAGAACUACCAACGACAUUUCUGAUAAUUGGGAAAGCAUGGUGUAUAAAGCUGACAUGAAUGAGAUUUAUGCUGAUCUUGCCAGACCGGGAGGUUGGAAUGAUCCGGAUAUGCUUGAGGUGGGGAAUGGAGGGAUGUCAAAAGACGAAUACAUAGUCCACUUUAGCAUCUGGGCCAUUUCCAAGGCACCGUUGCUUAUUGGGUGUGAUGUAAGAAAUAUGACGCUGGAAACGAUGGGAAUAAUUGCUAAUGAAGAAGUCAUAGCAGUAAACCAAGAUCCUCUUGGUAUUCAAGCAAAAAAAGUCAGGAUGGAAGGUGAUUGGGAGGUUUGGGCAGGACCUCUUACCAACUACAGGGUAGCACUACUUCUAGUGAAUAGAGGUACAAUUCGUGCUCCUAUAACAGCUCACUGGGAUGAUAUUGGCCUUCCCAUGGACAGCAUUGUAGAAGCCAGGGAUCUCUGGGAGCAUAAAACUCUGAAGCAAAGAUUUCUGCGGAACCUAACAGCAAGCAUUGACUCUCACGCGAGCAAGAUGUAUGUAUUGAGACCAAUUGCGUGAGUGCCCAAAAUUGGUAUAUCCAUAGCGAGGAACUAGCUAGCAAAGCUUCUCUCUUGUUAAUUGAUGAAGUGUAUUAGUCAUUCGCUACAUUCAUCAAAAUGGAAUUUGGAUCAUAGACUUUUGAUUACGGUUACUGUUUCCUACAGGGGUAUGUAUGGCUUUGGAUGAGUGUGCAUGCAAACAGCCAUCAUAAUUCAUACAGACCUUUUUUUAAAAGGACACCAAAUAAUAAUAUACACUGCUGAAAUUUGCUUCUCCA